AUGUGCAGGUACAGAAAGUACAUCUAUGUAAACUGCGGCCAUUCGGAGUUCGAGUCACCUCCAUACCUCCCAUGUGUCUCCGAUCCGAACGAGUACUGCUCGCCCGAAACCACCUCGGAUCCCCCCAUCACUCUCAAAAAGAACACUGCCUGCAAUGACCCGGCGUGUGCUGGUCCCGGAGGAGCUCCGUUGUCACCAACUGGACCAGCCGACGGCGGUACCUCAUGGAGCCGUACCAACUCUGGCAACCGCGGUCGGGCCUUGGGACCUGGUGAAGGAGAUCCGGGCGACAGACUUCGGCAUACUGUUUCCACCAAGAUGAAGGUGGCUAAACUGGUCCGAAGUAUGACGAAAAAGCAUAAGGAGAAGAAAGAACAGCAGCAGAACAAUGGAGCUGAUGGCUUCUUGCCUGAUAACCACGGCAGUUACAAUGAGAUCAACGAAAUGGACGAGUUGAAGAAAUGA